AAGGGAUCAGGAAUCCUCCUGUGUUGGACGUGAGUCACUGCGCGCGCGGAGGCGUGCAGCCAACUGUAGCACGCGGGCAGCAGCACUGUCCACCCUGCGCGCACCGAGAGGGGUGCACGAAGCUGUCGGUGUGUCUCCUCUUCCUCUUCCUCCUCCUCCUCCUCCCCCCCCCCCUCCCUUCCAGCUGGCCGUAUGGACGCUCGACUGAGGCGCAUUGCCGUGCUUCCACCGUUUUCUCCACCGCGGGUGUCCCGCCUUGAUCGAUGGCCUGACAGCCGGUACUGCAGCAAGUAGUCGAACCCGCGGGCGCUGUGCUCGGUGCACCCAGAGAGCUCGGGCAUGCUAUCGGGGGCUACCGGACGGAACUGUGUGUGUGUGGGCCGACGUUCGAGUUGCUACCAGCGGGAAACCAAAGUUGCUGCAAUGGAGACUUCGGAGAGUGAAGCGGCGGUCACAUCCUCGAGAGACCGGUAUUUUGACCUGGAACAUCUGCCCCCACUGCUGGAGGAUGAGGAGAACGUGUCUCUGGCGGACAUCCUGUCCCUACGGGACAGCUGCCUGUCCGAGGAGGAGGUGUGGGCUGUGUGUGCAGAGUGCGUCCUGGCGCUGCAGAGCAUCCGACCCUCCCACCUCUUCCACACCCUGUGCAUCACGCCAGACACGCUGGCCUUCAACGCCCACGGCAACGCGUGCUUCAUGGAGCAGCUCAGCGAUGACCCAGAGGGCUCCUUCGUUCCUCCUGAAUUUGACAACACGGGCAGCACGUUUGAGGGCCAUGUUUACUCUCUGGGCUCCACGCUCACUGCAGCACUGAACUUUGUCGUCGAGCCAGAGCUGGAGGCAGAGGUGGGGGAAGAAUUGGAGAAGAUGCUGCAGCAGAUGAUGGAGGAGAAGCCUGAGGACAGGCCGCUCCUGGAGGUAUUUUAG